AUGGCUUUGGAUGGCGAUGAGCGAAUUAUCUCUGCGAUAAGGAUUCUCUCUCGUGCCUCUUCGGAAGCCCUUGGACGCAUUCUUCUCCGGGACCGGGACACCUUCCGAACUGCCCACCAAAAACUGGCGAACACUGUCAAGCUUGAAGGGGGAAUCACGUUACUGGGCGCUAUCAAAAAGGAUUUUGAGAAAAUCAAAGAAUUCCUCCAAAAACCGGAAAGCGAGGCCGUCGGAAGACCGUACUGGGAGGGCAGGGAGGUUCGACUCCUUGAUAUUCAGAGAGUAUCUCGAAACUCAAGCUACAAUGACAGGUUUCGAUGCUUCUUGGCCGAACGAUCCCUCGCUUUAGAAUUCGAGGAAUGGGAGUUAAAAAAAUACCAAACAUCUCGGUUGGAUAAAAUUGUCAGCAAUCCACAUGCCGCCGAAGACAAGAACGGCCACAUGUUAGAGUUCCUGACAUCCAAAGGAAUACUGGAUGGAACGCCAGAAGCAAAGGUGGAUAGGGGAGCGAUAAGAGGACUGAAGAAUGGACAAAGAAGUCUGUUUAUCGAGAGAAAAAACCCAUCACGCCGCGGGGUCUCUGCCAUAUUUUCGUUCAAGUCGUCUCUUCUGCGAAGGAUUCCUUAUCGUGAAAUGGGAAUCAUUGAGGUUCUGCUGGCUGGAGAGGAGAAUAAGGACGUUGCUCAGCUUGCGGAAGACAAAUCCGGAACUCUUGACAGCUAUCAAUCGCAUUAUGACCGUUCGUUUUCCAGCGACAGCAACGAUGGCCAUGACGGAGAAGGAAUUGAGCUCCGCCCAUCCAAAAGGAGGAGGAUUGAAAGCGACCGAGAAAACAACCAAAGAACUCCUGAGGUACAAGCAUUCUCUGUUGAGGGACAGAGCAUUCAAAAUCGACUGCCGGUUUCAAAUAUACAAACACGAAUGGCUGCCGCGUAUGCUCCGUCUGCACAGGAGACACUUUACCACUUCGACACAACAACAAUUUCGAAUGGCAGGAGAACAAGAAAGAACAAGGUUCAGCAAUCGGGCAGGCGAUCACACACACAAUGGAAUCCCUCAGAAAGAGGAACAGGAAGCCCACUUACUCCUGAUGGGAGUGUAUCUACUACAGAUGAGAACGACAGUCAGCAAUCGUCUGAAGAAUCUAGACGGAGCUUUUCAAGCACAACGGAUACCCAGGAUGUGGACUUGGCCGAACCGGUCAUUCUUGAUGGAGGAGCAGCGGUCUCAGAUAUUUCAACACCAUCAAUUGGAAGGCUGAUUUGCAUUCCAUCACAUGCACGUGAACGCGCCAAUGCAGACACUAUAUCUACGCAGCACCAUGCGGGUUGUGCUAGCCAAAGCCGAGAUAGUCCUUCAGGCCGUACACGGCUACACGCAUACGCCAAUGCUGACAGAUGGGCCGGGCCGUCCGGCGGCGUCCAUUCUCUCCCCACCAGUGCAUACAUCCCCGACACCGAUGUGUGGGCCAUGCAGUUUGGAGGUGCCGGUUCUCUGCCUGCCGAUACAUACAUUCCCGACACUGACGCAUGGGCCAUGCAGUCCGCCAGUGCCGAUUCUCUGCCCGCCAGUGCAUACAUCCCCAACACUGGCAUGUGGGCCAUGCAGCCUGGCAGCGUCGAUUCUCUGCCCGCCAAUGCAUACGUUCCCGACACUGAUGCAUGGGCGAGGCAGUGUGCCACGCAGCCGCAGUCGAACAUACCCAAUAUCCCAACUUAUGGCGAUGCCAGUUGA